UUCUUCAUUUGUUUCUUAAAAUGCCAGACCAAGAGAUUUGCAGUUACCUUAAUGAACCUCGUCUUGUAGCAAGGAAGUUCCUGGCCAAACCUCAACGUGAAGGUGUUGGGGCUGUUGUUAGAAGAAGCAUAGGACGAUUUGAGCUCAAGUACUUUGAUCCUUUCCUUGUAUUGGAUGAAUUCUCAGUCACUGCUCCUGCUGGAUUUCCUGAUCAUCCACAUAGAGGCUUUGAGACAGUCACAUACAUGUUGCAGGGAGCUCUCACUCAUGAAGAUUUUGAAGGACAUAAGGGAACAAUAGAAGCAGGUGAUUUGCAGUGGAUGACUGCAGGGAGAGGAAUAGUUCACUCCGAAAUGCCUGCUUCUCAAGGGACACAAAAGGGUCUGCAGCUAUGGAUCAACCUCUCUUCCGAACAUAAAAUGAUUGAACCGAAGUAUCAAGAAAUGUUGAGCAAGGACAUAGCAGAAGCUACGAAAGAUGGCAUCAAAGUAAGAGUUAUAGCAGGGGAAGCACUUGGGAUAAAGUCUCCAAUCUACACAAGGACCCCAACCAUGUAUUUGGACUUUUCUCUUAAACCUGGGGCUCACUUACAACAACCUAUACCAAAAUCUUGGAAUGCUUUUGUGUAUAUUUUGGAAGGAGAGGGUGUCUUUGGAAAUCAAAGAUCUCAGCCUGCAACCUCUCACCAUAUUCUUCUUCUUGGUUCUGGGGAUGGCCUAGAAGCAUGGAAUAAAUCUUCUAAGCUCCUUAGGUUCAUUUUGGUUGGAGGUGAACCAUUGGGUGAACCUGUGGUGCAAUUUGGACCCUUUGUUAUGAAUACUCAAGAAGAGAUUGACCAAACCAUUGAUGAUUUUGAGAACAAUGCCAAUGGAUUUGAAAAAGCAAGACAAUGGAAGUCUGAAAGUGCAGUUAGUCUUGAUUUUUAA